GCAUUUGCAUAGAUGUAAAAAUAAAUGUUCAGUUUAAGAAACCCAUAUUAUUACUCCAAGAAUCAACAAUCAAACGAUUCAAGUAAAUCAGGAAAAUAUCAAAAACAAUUUAAGAUAGUAACUUUAUUCAAAACUUUUUUUGUCACAAUCAAGGGGGGCAGAACUAUGGCACAACCAACAAGUGUGACAGAAAUAGCAUUUUACUACAACAACAGCAACAACGAGGUGAUGCUGCCUGUCCUUGAACACACCAAGUAGAUCCCUCCUCACCCAUAGACACCAUCUCACACACAUCCUCAUCCAUAGAUCAUGUUAUGAAAAUAACAAACACAAAACAAAAUGCAAGCAUUCAUUCAUUAAAUUGCACACAUAUUCUACUGUUCUUAGUCAUGGUUGAAAUACAUUCUAUUCUAAUUCAGGUUUUUAAAAAUGCUUACCUACGUGUUUUCUAACCAGAUUUCUGACACCGUUUUCCCCUGGCCAGUGUGUCAAUGUCUGGUUUGAGGUCUUGUGAUGAGGCAAUCCGCAAAACAGUGUGGAGCUUGUCAUCAGUAAUGCGUGAUCUGUGCUUGGUCUUGUUCAGAUUCAUUAUUGAAAAGAUCUGUUCGCACAGAUAGGUGCUCCUAAACAUUGACAGAACACGAGCAGCAUGAAGUCGGAGCUGUGGCAUCAAACCAGGGGGCGGGAGAUGGUAAAAGCCCUCGAUUGCAGCAUCUUGGAACUUUGUUCUCAGGCCACUAUCGCUCUGAAGCUCAAUGAACUCCCUCUGAAGGUGAUGGGGCGCACUGCAGACGUCGGCGGUGAAAGGAUCGGCAAAGAAACCAGAGAAGUGCCGAUCAAACUCAUUCAUUAACCGGUUCAGUUUGGUAGCCAACCGAGCACACGAAAAAGUACCGGGAACUGAGGCUGAGAUGCUCUGAUAAACAGGAAAAUGGGCAAUUUCUCUUUUCUUUGACAUUUUGGGAUCAUUUGUAAAGAUUUCUAGAUUCCACUUAAAGUAGAGAGAUGCCGUUACUUCGCAGGUAACAAUUUAAAUGCAUUAUGGGAGGCGUGGUUUAUGGUCAGUGCACGCUUUAAAGCAGAAUAUACUUAUUUGCACCUAUUAAGCUCUCACGGGCCACAUAAAAUGACGUGGCGGGCCACAUUUGGCCCGCGGGCCUUGAGUUUGACACAUGUGCCCUAGAGCUCCCAACACCUCAGCACGUACCAAUAAUCAUGAUCAGAAUUCAGUAUAAAAGGUAUUUUAGAAUAUAGAUAGACAACCUCAUUGCCUUCCGUACUGUAUUGCUUCUAUAGCACACUCUUUGAUAUGGAUGAACCAUUUGAUGUCUGAGCAUUUGAUGGCGACCGUACAAAUCGAACAUGCUGCGAGGUGCGAGGUAACGUUAGCGAGGACUAAAUACAGUACACAGUAGGUGGCGGAAAUGCAACUUGACGUUGGAUGCAACUCGCCAUUAAAUAAAAAGCAGCAGAACAUUGUAGUCUACACACUCCAGGGUAGCUGGUGGCGGUAAUGCAGCUUAACCUUACUUACCACCCGCCAGUUAGAAAGAAGGAAGAAGAAGAAGGAAUAGCAGAAGGAGGGGGAAGGACGCAGAAUGGCGAGUGUGCAGUGUUCCAAAUGCACGGUAGAAAGAAAAGGGAUUCGGCGGGAACUGGAUUCUUGGCGACACAAAUUAAUACACUGUGUUGGGUUUGAAAGCAUUCUGGAGGGUGUAUAUGGCCCAGUGCUGCUGAGAGACCUCAAUUUAUUUGAUGACUGUGAACCAGAAGAGGUGGAUGACUGGUCCCCCGAAGCAAGCUGCUCUCAGUGUUCAUUCUGCAACCUUCCCCUGGACAAACUCAGUGAUCAAGUACCUGCAGCCACGUCGCCCGUCUCUUCUUCCUCUGAUUACUCUCCCUGUCAGAUCACUGAGAGCAGCCAAUCAGCUCACAGAUUCCUCCAAGCUGUGUUUCACAAGAAAGAUGUGCCCCUGGGCUGUGAUUCCAACAUCCCUCUGGUUGCCCAGGAGCUGAUGAAGAAAAUGAUACACAAGUUUGCCAUGGAGUAUGCUUCCAAGUGCCUACUCCACACCAGUACAAAUGGUGUUACAACAAGGACCUCAUCAACUUUGUUAGAAACAUCAGAUGCCCCUCUGGACCUCACAGUGAGCCGAACCCAGGAGGAGAAAGACAGUCAAUCUGAACCAGACUGUGUGCUCGACCUCUCCAAUAGGAGUUGUGCAGGCUCAGCAACCUCCUCUAAUCACAAAGCUGCAGGGAGGCAGCACAGACAGAAGGAGUACACUGAGAGGAGCUGGGAGCUUUCUGAAGGGUUGCUGUCUAAGGCCUUGAAGGAUAUACGUUCAGGAAGGCUGCAAGAGCAGCGGGCAGCGUUGCUUUAUGGAAUACCCCUUCACAGCCUGAGGCAAGGCCUGGACGGCUGGGCUGAAGGAAGGCCUGGGAUGCUCCACCAACUUAUACCAGGGAGCAGAGAUUUCAGGGAUGAAGCAACAUCAUACAAUUUGAUGUCAACACUGGGCGGUGAAGCACGUCUUGUUCUGCAGAAGGUGGCGGCGUGGUCAGAGUGGGCAGAAAUUGGAGGGGCUACAGAGGAGAAUGGAGAUCUUAGUUUCCCUUCAUCCUCUCUUACUUUUUAUCAGCCAAGUGGUCUACAGAAAACCCUACCACAGUCAUUUCCCCAGCUCAGGGAUGGUCUCCAGCCCCCACCAAGUCCCACUCCCAGCCUGGAGCCACUCAUGCCCCUGCGUAUUCCUCAGGUCCGUAUCACGUCUGAUCCUAACAGGUUGAUCCCAGCUGAAAAUUGCAGCAUGGCUGAAAACCUACAUCAACGUACCUCAUCAACAGAGGGAACUGCCAGUUUGACAGCUGUUCCCAGACCUUCAACUCUCCUAAAAAUCAGACUUCCUUUCUUGGGUCAUGGCUGUCCGGGCAGUGCCAACCAGUCACCCCAUGGCCUGGGACCACGCUGCCUCUCACUGGAAGAUUCCGAGGAGGGGACAGGUAGCCGGGAUAAAGACAAGCAACCAAGAAAGAAACGUGGGAGGUACCGCCAGUACGACCAUGAACUGAUGGAGGAGGCCAUCACUAUGGUAAUGGCAGGUCGCAUGAGUGUGUCCAAGGCCCAGGGAGUUUACGGGGUGCCCCACAGCACACUAGAAUACAAAGUCAAGGAGCGUACUGGAACGCUGAAGAACCCUCCCAAGAAGAAAUCUGCCAACUCAUGUGGUUCUGGUUCCAUGACCGGUUCCGCUAACUCAGGGACUCUUGGCUCAGCUGCUGAUGCAAAGAGGUUUUAGACCAUGAAACACCUCCAGAGCUUAACACUUGAACUUAUCUCCUCUUACAGGAUACAUGUUUUCUGGAGACACUUGUUAAAACACAACACAUGCCUUUAUUAAAUGUAUGAAUAAUAAUAUUCAGGUCUUUUAACUGUGUCUAUAAUGUGAUGGUCAUAUUUUUAGCUGUAUUUCUCUAGCUUAUUCCUGGGCUUUAUUUAAAGCAGCUACAAGGUACAGCACUUUUCAGGAGGCAGUGGUGCUCAUUGCAGCUUUUGUUCACAGGAGCUGCUAAACUCAACAAACUCCUCAUAAGUUCAGUUUUUAUCUCUAAAGUUAAAAGAUCUUAAAGGAUAUGGCUUGCAUUAUAUUAUGUUUACUGUUAUCAACAAAUCCCAAAGACCAAAACUGUAAAUGAAUUUUAUCCUACUAAGGUGUGGUCUAUAUGUCUAAAGCAUGGUUUAUUAAAAUUUUCAGUGGUCAUGUGUUGUUUUUUUUGUUGUUGUUUUUUUUUUUUAAUUGGGGGAGAGGGCAAACUGCCUGCAAAAAAGGUAUCAAAGAAGUAUGGUUUUUUUUUUCUUGGACCUUCAUCGGGCAUGACUGAAACUUUGCUGCUUUAUUUAAGUUUGUGAGCCCAGCGGGCUUAGCCAUAUAAAUCUGUGGCUAAAGAUCAUACUUUUUAAGUAUUAAUCAGUUUUGGUUUUGGUCUUGUCAGGGGAUUUGAUGGUAUAAACAGGGUAAAAUAACACCAGCAUUAUCCUUAAAGACCUCCAGGAAGUUAGUAUGUUUGUUUUCACAUUUAUAUGAGGUGGGGUUUUCUUUUCCAAGGGGGAAGAAAACUGACAUUGAUUGUUGUCCACCAGAUUGCCCAGGAUCAAGUCCGAGAAACACAGUUGCGGACCUCCUUAGAGCUAAGAAAUAAAGUGUGACUCUCAUGUUUCCUAACUGUUAACUUAUUGGGUAUUCAGGUUUGAUUGAAAUUUUAAAGCUCCUGGUUAUAUGGAGCAUUGAUGAUUGUCCUUCGCAGCUUUCUGUUUCUCUCUGGGUAUCUUAACCUAGACUACUGAAGUGACUUAGAGCCAUUUUAAUUGAUUAUAAACUAGUGCUGUUAGACACCUCUACAAACAGGGCGCUUGUACAGUCUAAACUGCUGUGGUGGCUACAUCUUCAUUGCAAGUUUAUUUAUUUUUUCUUGUUGAAGAGUCGCUUAAGUAAGCCAUUUUGUGUCCACAUACUUUUCUCUCUUUGUGCAAGCUAGUCUGAACAUUAUAUUGAGUGUAGUUGGAAUGCAAAUGUGCAGCAUGUUUUGAAAUGUGCACUGAUAAGCUUGGGAAAUGUAUGUUAUUGUGUACAUGUACUGUUUGUGAAAGAUGUUCUUUUAUUAUCAGAUAUUUACUAAUUCUGCUACUGUAGCUGUAUUAUUGUUAACCUCAUACAUGACUGCUGCUUAAAACUCUACUUUAUGGGACCAUUUCCCUGGCACAAAAAGUGUAGCUACAACAAAGACGCUUAUUUCAACUACUACGAUUUAAGGUGACAUAAUGUGAGAAAAACUAAAUGACAAAUAGUGUUUAAAGCUGACGGUCACUUGACUUGAUGCAGUGCAAAGCUCACAGGCUUCUUUGUCAGUGUCUGGGGAAAUGCUAAAUGUUGCAUCUUGUGGUUUUUCACAACAGUCUACAUUCACGUUUGCCUCUGAGAUGGGCCUUUUUCCAUUAAUAGUGCUACUACCAAAGCAGCAGUUCAGGGUUACUCACACAAAGCUGCUUCGAUUAGUUUUUCCUGUGAUGUUAGCCUACCUGUCUUGUGCGCGCGCUCUCUCUCUCUCUCUCUAACCUCGUUGCCACAUAUACCUCUUAACUUAAUCUGCCUAUAGCCCAGUUUCAGGUUUCUGUAUUAUGAUACUGAAUAUGCUGGGGUGGGAGAUCUUAUUAGCCUAGGGACACUUACGAGCUCAUUGUCGCUCAAGGAACUACACCUAAGUGUAAAUUUAUUGUCAAACAGUACUUAAACUUCUCCUAAAUUAUACAGUCAUUUGGAGUGUGAAAGGAUUUAUAAAAAUGUUUUUAAAAUCCACCUUGUGGCAUUUACAGGAGAUCUGCCAUAUUUAUAGCAAAGUAUUGUGUUCUUUUUGGUGUUACUUGUAAUUUUAGGGCUAAUUGUAAACCAGUUUUAUUUUUUAAAGCUUUUUUUGGUCAGAUUGUGUGGCACUUCAACCUUUAUAACUUUGGCAGUUAUACAGAUACUGAUGUCUCCGCUCCUGAAUGUCUGCUCGUACCAGUACACAGUGCCUGUGUUUGGGGCUACAGCAUAGUGCAGCAUGACUACUCAACCCUGACAAUUACCUGCUAUUGAUAUCGAAAGGUCGGCUUGUAAACAAAAAACAAAAAAAGAUAAUUCCUUUGUUAUAAUUGCAAUAGAUUCUGGGAACACAUCUGGACUCUAUUUUUGUUUUUGAUAUUUGGACUGAACUGCUGACAAAUCUUUUAAACAACUUAAAUCUGCUAUUUAUGCAUAAAUCAAUGAUUGCACUAUGAUAACAAGCAUUUUUAUUGUAGAAACCUGUUUGUUGUUGCUGCAUACUUAUUUAUUGAUUGUGCUUCAGAACUGUGAUUUUAAUAUUUUGAUUGUUGUAGUUCUUGAUUUGUAUUAAGACACUGAUGCAAUGUGAAUUGUGUAUUGCUACAACUGCAUGAAAGCUUCUAGAUGUUAACUCACAAAUUAUUUUGUACUAAAAUGACACCCCUGACUAUUGUAGUGGUUAUGCUUAUGUUAAUAAUUAAGAAAAUGAUUUUGAAUGGUAAUUAGGUUAUCAUAAAUUCAGCAAUAACCCUACAUAGUGUAAUACUUCUAUAAUUCAUCUGACCCAGGAGACCUCCACUGGGGUCUGGACACAAAUUGCUGAAAAUAAUAUCCAAUAUGAAACACUAGAAAUUUUGUUAUUAUUAAAAUGACUGUCUUUUAAACUAAAAUAUGACUCUCAGGACCUGAUUUAUUUAUUUGAUUUGAAUGUCAGAGGGUCAGUUUGUUGGUGAAAGUGCUGUUGAAAAGAACAUUCUGUUUUGAGCGUUUCUACAAUCGUUCUUCUGCUUUUAGCAGAAUGUUAUAGUUGGCCUUCAGUAAAUCAUCAAUAAACCAGUUCUUCAGCCAGUUGCUUGUCAAAUUGUACAUGAAUUUCAUUAACAGUGGAUGCCUAAAAUAUCUGAACUGUUCUUAUGUGGUUAAUUUUUGCAUAGUACACAUUAGAAUAAGUGUUCUAAUAAGGCCAGUAAAUGAAGACAAUGCAGUGGACUGCAGUUAACAUGUGUCGCAGGCUGUAAACCGCUUUUAUAAUACAACAAUAAAAAGGGAAGUCAGAGAUGAGGCAGCAUUGUUAUUUUUGGCUCAUUCAAGGAUUAUAGAAUUAAGAAGAAGAAAGUAACAAUAUAGUGUUUAUUGUAGUAUUGUUUAAAACAUUAUCAGACUUGGUUUGUUUACGUGACUAUUUGUUUCUCUUGAAACUGAGCUUAAGUAUGAGUAAAUCCUUUUAACUCCAGUCUUUGCUUU